AUGGCGAGUUUACUCAAGCAAAAACCGUACGGACCUAUCACGGUACAGCAAUUCUAUCAAAGCCUCGAGACCGCAUGGAGGGGCAAUCCGCAAUACACGCGUUCCCGGCGCCUGGCACGCCGUAUGGGAAUUGCUGUUAGUGGAGGUGCCGAUUCAAUGAUCUUGGCUGGGUUGUGCAGACAGUUGCAACUAGCUAAGCCAGAGCUGGAGCUCUUCUUCAAAGCUUUUAUUGUCGACCACAAGGCACGUAAAGAGAGUUCCGAGGAAGCACUGAAAGUUUUCGGGUGGUUAAAAAAUCUUGGCAUAGAAUCUCAAAUACUGCCAUUGACAUGGUCGUCAGAAAAAGACGUCACCGAAGUAACUGCCUUUGAAACUUCUGCUCGACAGAAACGCUACCUCGCUCUUGGCCAAGCAUGCCAUACCGACCAGCUGGCGGCGUUACUCACAGGUCACCAUGCGGAUGACAACGUGGAGACGGCAAUCCUAAGAUUAUGCCAACGUUCAGGGCGUCAGGGGCUGACUGGAAUAUCUCCUUUGAGUCGAAUUCCCGAAUGUCAACAUGUAUGGGGUAUCUCAGGUAGUGGGCAUUUUGAGAAAAUCGCAAGUCGAAACAAUGGGAAGCGGCAAAUUUCCAAAGGCAGCAUUUCUUUUGAUAUGGCCGCAGGGGGUGCCUUGCUUUGCAGACCACUGUUGCCAUAUACAAAGUCCAGAAUACUAGAUACUUGUGAACAAUUACAGAUUCCAUACGUUACCGAUCCCACCAAUUUCGACACAACACUAACGGUGCGCAACACGAUUCGAAGUUUACUUUCGGGUAACAAGCUGCCUCGUGCCUUCCAACCUCCUUCCAUGGAAGCAUUUUUAUCAAGAAAUCGAGCUUCGUUGCAUGAUAUGAUGAGACAGACAGACUCUCUGCUACGGGAAUGUAAGCUCCUCGAAUUUUUCGCCGAGUCUAGUACCAUGAAAAUCCAAUUUCCAGCGCUCGAUCAGUCGCACCCCUUGAUGUCGUCCGAGAGGGAUUCCCGACUAUUAGCAGCUAGUUUGCGCCGUAUAACAGAACUGAUAUCACCUCUUGAUCACAAAUCUCUUCCUCUCCACAAAUAUGCCGCCUUGGCCAGGGCGAUCUUUGCAGGUCGACAACCAGACGACUUCGCAAUCGCGGGAGCUCACUACCGGUUAGUGUCUGUCAGACAUAAAGGAGCCAAAAAUGUUUGGCAUGUGUCAAGACUCCCAUUCAGAGCCUAUUCAUCUCCUGAGCUUGUCGUCUCGGAGCUGCAUAACGAGCGAUUUUCCACUCCAGUCCUUUGGGACUCCCGAUACUGGCUCCAAUUCCGGCUCAAAUCGAAAACAGAAAGCGAUUUAUCUACCUCAGUGACUGUCCGUAGUUUGAGCAAAGAGGAUAUGAUCCCAAUAUCGCAUGCACUAGAGAUAUACGGGCACUCUAAGGAAAUCUUUAGUGUGGUGGCACCGUAUAAAUCCCGGUUCACCUUGCCCGUUGUCACAACUAAGCACACUACACCUGAUGAAAGUGUAAAGGAGAAAUACCUUGCUCUUCCCACUCUUGGACUGAAUCUAUCGGGGAGCACAGGUCUUGGAAUCCAGUGCCAGUGGGGGUAUAAGACAGUUGAUGUGAAGGCACUGGAACUUCUUGGUUGGCUCAAACCGAAUAGGAAUGGUUCCAUUAACUCUGAGGUAUUCGUUUGA